GACAAAGGCAGGCGGCAGAAGCGGUAGCAAAAUGUUGCGUGUUUUACACAGAUACAUAAACGGCGUUCGCAUGUUUGCUUCUUCUGUAACAUACAUCGGCAUAACAUCAUUACAGUUCCCCGAUCAUCUGCAAUAGUUCCAUCUUUAAGCAGAAAGAGCAGUCAUUCGGGGACGAUUCAGCUGAACACCGAAGAAUGUACUGGGGUGUUGGUUUUGCAUCGUCCAGAUCAUGCGUGGUUGAUCUGAGCAGGAAUCAGAGCUUUUCCCUGGGACUGUGCGGUUCUGACGAUCACUAUUCCUUUUAUGGAUACAUAAUCACUUUUCCUUUACAGGAUUACUGUAGCAUCAUGUCAGGGCUGGGAGCGGAAUCAUGGUGGAAGAAAACGCUAUGUCUAACCGGGGGAGCCCUGCUGGCAGCCGCUGCAUACCUCUUACAUGAAUUGCUAGCAAUCAGAAAGGAACAAAAACUUGAUUCAAAAGAUGCAAUUAUUCUGCAUCAGUUUUCACGACCUGAGUGUGAGGUACCUAGUCUGUCUCCUUUUUGCUUGAAGAUGGAAACGUAUCUUCGAAUGGCAGACUUGCCAUACCAGAAUUACUUUGAUGGCAAACUCUCUCCUCAAGGAAAGAUGCCAUGGAUUGAAUAUAAUCAUCAAAAGGUAUCAGGAACAGAGUUCAUUAUUGAUUUUCUUCAAGAAAAAUUGGGAGUAAACCUAAAUAAACAUCUGGAUUCCAGUGAAAGGGCUAUCUCAAGAGCCAUUACAAAAAUGAUGGAAGAACACUUCUAUUGGGCCAUAGUAUACUGCCAGUGGAUUGACAACCUCCAUGAGACCAGAAAAAUACUGUCUGUGUCAGGUCCAUUUAGUGGUUUCCUGAAAUGGUUACUGUGCCAGCUAACAAGAGGAAUUGUUAAACGGGAAAUGUACGGUCAAGGUAUUGGUCGCUUCUCGAAGGAGGAAAUAUAUACCUUAAUGGAGAAGGAUAUGCGAUCACUUUCUGUGAUUUUGGGUGAUAAGAAGUACAUUAUGGGCCCAAGGCCUUCUACAGUGGAUGCUGCUGUUUUUGGUCAGUUGGCCCAGGCUAUGUGGACACUGCCGGGAACCAGGCCAGAAAGACUGAUUAAGGAUGAGCUGGUUAACCUUGCCAUGUACUGUGAGAGGAUUAAAAGGAAGUUCUGGCCUGAAUGGAUUGAAGAGAGUGAUGAUGCUUCAUAUGACAAUGAAGAUAUGUCUAGUGAAGACAGUUUGACUCCCACACCACUACAAGACUUCAGCUUGUACUCUCGCACAGAAACUUUUGAUGAAGAAGUAACUGAGAACAGUGUUUCCUAUUCCCAGACUCCGGACACUGAUUAUACAGGCCAUUCACUUUUUGAUUCAGAUGUUGAGAUGGAAGAGUAUGCAGACAAUGAGUUGGGCAAAUAAAUAAAUGUGAAAAUAUCUUCUAGGUUGAAGGAAAGUACAUUAUUGCAGAUUUUGCACCUUACACAGUUAGUCCUGAGAUCACUAGGAAUCUGUCAGUACAGGUAUUGUUAUUUGGACCAAUGUGAUAAUAUUGCCAUGCCAGUUAGAAUCACAGAGAAAGGCCUUUACACUUCUAUCAAAUGUGUAGUAAUUAACUGAACAAUAUACUUAAAUAAAGCUAAUAGAACAGAACAUUUAGUCAUAAUAGUCACUGUACAGUAUGUAACACUGCAAUUCUUUAUAGCUAUCCUACAAGAACAUGCUCCUCUCCUUCAUUAAUUUGAGACAAUUCAAAAAUUGCAUACAUCUAAACAUACUGUGAUAUCUAUGGAAAUCAAGGUCUGUCAUAGUAUAAAUAAGGCCUUCAUUGCAAGGCGCAUGGAUGACUCUAUCAUGUUUUACAAUGUGCAGACUGUUACGUUGUAAUAUAAAGUUGAAAGUAAAUUGCUUUCAUUAGAACAUGCUAUGUAAAUGCCAAUUCAAUGAGAGAAAUUUUUAAGUGUGCAUGGAAAGCAACUGUGUACUUUAAUGAAAUUCACACGUACCUGUUAGGUUCAAUUAUAAAUGGAUUGAACAAUAUUAUGUAGCAGUUUUCUGGGAUUUUAUAUAUUAAACCAUGUUGCAUUUAUAGAA